UCUCUUCAUGAUCACUUCAAAAAAUUGUCAUUAUAUAAACAUCUCCAGAAUUCUUGACUGUCUCAACACCAUCAACAACAUAAUCAAGAAAUUAAUAUUCACAAUCAAGCAAUGGUUCGAGAAGUAAUUAGAAAAAAGCUUUACGAUGCAGCAACACUAGGUGAUGCAACAACGUUUCAACAACUACUCCAAGAAGAUCCAUAUCUUCUCGAUGUAGUUUCGUUUCCCGAUUCGAGAAAUCUUCUCCACAUAGCAACAAGAAGCGGACAAGCAUCCAUUGUUGAAGAGAUAUUAAGGAUCAACCAACAUCUAGCCAGGAGUUUGGACUCCCAAAAAUCGUCGCCUCUUCACAUCGCAGCAGCGGAAGGGACAGUCGAAAUCGCCUCAAAAUUGCUAGCAAUAGCCCCUCAGACGUGCUGGCUGCGCGACUGCCACGGCAUGAAUCCAGUUCAUAUUGCCGCCAUGAAUGGGCAUGUUGAGAUCUUGGAAGAGUUCAUUCGACACGACCGUUUGCCUGCAACGGAGAAGGUGGAUCACAGACAGACCGUCUUGCAUUUGUGCGUGAAACAUGGUCAGCUUAGAGUAUUGCAGGUUUUAGUGAACCAUUUUCGUGAGCUUGUCCAUUUGCAGGAUGAUUAUGGAGAGACAGUCUUGCAUUUGGCUGUUAGGUACAAACAAGUUGAGAUCGUGCGGUAUUUGGUAGAAAACACUGGAGUAGAAUAUCAAUGUUCAAGGAAUUCCAAUCGAGAAACAGCUUUGGACAUCUCCCGCCAGAGCCCCCAAGACACAAUUCAAUCUGAGAUAAGAAAAAUCCUCGAACAAAUAACGACAAUAAAAUUUUCAAAUCUCAGUUUGAACAAGGUGUCGAUUGAGUUGGUAUUGAUGGUUGCGGCCCUGAUCGUCGGCAUGACGUUCCAGGCGUCGAUCAACCCUCCCGGAGGCGUGUGGCAGGACGACUCGGCAACACACGAAGCCGGCACACCGAUCAUGGCAUCUACAUAUCCCGAAACGUACAAUGAAUUCGUAGUUGAUAACAUGGUUGCUUUUAUUUUGUCAGUGCUAACAAUCUUAUGGCUCAGUAUACCAUCGCCGGUGCCGGAGCCGAAACUACCUACGUGGAUGGUUAUCUUUACCGGAUAUCAUUUAUCAUUGGCAUUUUUCACCUCAAGUUUUAUAAAGUCCAUAAAGCUGCUAAAUCCUCCAACAAAAGAUCGUUCUCUCAUCACAGCAGCUCUCACUUCCUUCUUCGGCUUUCUUGGACUUAUUCCUUACUUCAGAUACGGUCCACACAUGGUGUCCUACUUUUGCAACUAUGUUAGAGCUUGGCGUCAGAGCUUUGUAAUAACCAACAAUUAAUCAUAUAUAGUUAGUUAUCUAUAGCUAUAUUAAUAAAUCUUGGUUGUUAAUUCACAACCAGUCGAAUUCAUAACCAGAAUUUAAUUCGCAGCCAG